UAAUCGCGGCUGCCGGGGCGGCCAAUUCCAUGCCCUCCUCAAGGGCCAGCCUCCCUGUUGCAGGGCAGAGAAACUAUUAUGAGGGAGGCCGAGGACUCCAUGCUCCGGGCAGAGAAACGGCGCUGGGAUUAGGGAUUGCCACUUCCGAGAGGAUGCUGGGAAUCUGCAGAGGGAGACGGAAAUUCCUGGCUGCCUUGUUGACUCUUCUCUGCAUCCCAGCCAUCACCUGGCUUUACCUGUUUGCCGGGAGCUUUGAAGAUGGGAAGCCCGUGUCCCUGUCUCCGCCGGAGUCCCAGCCGCACAGCCCCCGGUACACGGCCUCCAGCCAGCGGGAGCGCGAGAGCCUGGAGGUGCGCGUGCGCGAGGUGGAGGAGGAGAACCGCGCCCUCCGCAGGCAGCUCAGCCUGGCCCAGGGCCGGGCCCCCGCCCAUCGCCGCGGCAACCACUCCAGGACCUACUCCAUGGAGGAGGGGACCGGGGACAGCGAGAGCCUGCGCGCUGGCAUCGUGGCGGGCAACAGCUCCGAGUGUGGGCAGCAGCCGGUCGUGGAGAAGUGCGAGACAAUCCACGUUGCUAUCGUGUGUGCCGGAUAUAAUGCAAGCCGGGAUGUCGUCACCUUGGUCAAGUCUGUUCUGUUUCACAGGCGGAACCCUCUGCACCUCCACCUCAUUGCCGACUCCAUCGCAGAGCAGAUCCUGGCGAUGCUCUUCCGGACCUGGAUGGUGCCCGCCGUGCGUGUAGACUUCUACAACGCAGAUGAGCUCAAGUCUGAAGUUUCCUGGAUCCCCAACAAACAUUACUCUGGAAUUUAUGGUCUGAUGAAGCUCGUCCUGACCAAGACUCUUCCUGCCAACCUGGAGAGGGUCAUCGUCCUUGACACAGAUAUCACAUUUGCAACCGACAUUGCAGAGCUGUGGGCUGUGUUCCACAAGUUCAAAGGUCAGCAGGUCCUGGGCUUGGUAGAGAACCAGAGUGACUGGUACCUUGGGAACCUGUGGAAAAAUCACCGCCCUUGGCCUGCCCUUGGAAGGGGCUACAACACAGGGGUGAUCCUGCUGCUUCUGGAUAAGCUGCGGAAGAUGAAAUGGGAGCAGAUGUGGAGGCUGACCGCGGAGAGGGAGCUGAUGGGGAUGCUCUCCACAUCCUUAGCCGACCAGGAUAUUUUCAACGCUGUCAUCAAACAGAACCCUUUCCUCGUGUAUCAGCUCCCCUGUUUCUGGAAUGUUCAGCUGUCAGACCACACCCGCUCCGAGCAGUGCUACAGAGACGUGUCUGAUCUGAAGGUCAUCCACUGGAACUCCCCCAAGAAGCUCCGAGUGAAGAACAAGCACGUGGAGUUUUUCCGCAACCUCUACCUGACCUUCCUGGAGUAUGACGGGAACCUCCUGAGGCGGGAGCUGUUCGGCUGCCCCAGUGAAGCUGAUGUCAACAGCGAAAACCUCCAGAAGCAGCUCUCUGAGCUGGAUGAGGACGACCUGUGUUAUGAGUUCCGGCGAGAGCGGUUCACCGUCCACCGAACCCACCUGUACUUCUUGCACUAUGAGUAUGAGCCCGCCUCGGACAACACGGACGUCACCCUGGUCGCUCAGCUCUCCAUGGACAGGCUCCAGAUGCUCGAGGCCAUCUGCAAGCACUGGGAGGGGCCCAUCAGCCUGGCCCUCUACCUGUCGGACGCCGAGGCCCAACAGUUCCUCCGCUAUGCACAGGGCUCCGAGGUGCUCAUGAGCCGCCACAACGUGGCCUACCACAUCGUGUACAAGGAGGGCCAGUUCUACCCUGUGAACCUGCUGCGCAACGUGGCCAUGAAGCAUGUUGGCACGCCCUACAUGUUCCUGUCUGACAUCGACUUCCUGCCCAUGUACGGGCUCUAUGAGUACCUCAGGAAGUCUGUCAUCCAGCUUGACCUCGCCAACACCAAGAAAGCGAUGAUCGUCCCCGCCUUCGAGACGCUGCGCUACCGGCUCUCGUUCCCCAAGUCAAAAGCGGAGUUGCUGUCAAUGCUGGACAUGGGGACUCUCUUCACAUUCAGGUACCAUGUCUGGACGAAAGGCCACGCACCCACAAACUUCGCCAAGUGGCGGACCGCCACCACGCCUUACCGGGUUGAGUGGGAGGCUGAUUUUGAGCCAUACGUCGUUGUGAGACGGGACUGCCCUGAGUAUGACCGGAGGUUUGUGGGCUUUGGCUGGAACAAGGUGGCUCAUAUCAUGGAACUGGAUGCACAGGAAUAUGAAUUCAUCGUGCUCCCCAACGCCUACAUGAUCCAUAUGCCUCAUGCCCCCAGCUUCGACAUCACCAAGUUCCGGUCCAACAAGCAAUACCGCAUCUGUCUCAAAACCCUGAAAGAGGAGUUUCAGCAGGACAUGUCCCGCCGCUAUGGCUUUGCCGCCCUCAAGUAUCUCACGGCCGAGAACAACAGCUAGCACCAAGAAGCCCACGGCUAGGGGGAGACAUUCUCAAAGGGGAGAGCCACUUGCUGUUGGGGGCCCAGCCUUCAAACUCAAAAUUGAGCACUGCUUUUUUGGUUUGUUUUUAUCUGUUUCUUUGGCCCAACAGAGCUGCCCUAUUACAGAGAUCUGGGACAAGGAUCUAACCAGCCCCUCUCUGCUCCACGACCUGGCAUCCCCAGGGUGUGGAAAAAUUGCUCAUCUACACAGUCUCUUCAAGAAUGGGACAUUCUUGGAGGAGUAAGAGCAAGCAAAGGGGUUGGCCCACCACAAAGCCACACAACCAAGCCGGGCUUCGGGAUGUUCUCGUUGCUUUUUAAGAAAGGGAAGUCAGGGUGCUGGGGGUUAGCCAUCCCAGGAAAUAAAAGCAAAAAUGCCUCUUCAUUCAGAAGAAGCUUUCUUCUUUUCCCUGCAAUCCAGCUGGGUAUCCAAGGGGAGGGCAAAACCAAUGAUCAGAACCAACCAUUUGGAAAAACCCAAUGGGGACGUUGUACCUGGUGGGACCUGGAGGUGGAAUUGGUUGGUUCUUUAUCCUCAAGGUCACUCUUGUUUUGUUUUGACUUGUUUUUGUGUUGGGGGAUUUGAUUUGUUUUUGGUCUGGAAAUCCAAAAUAGAAAAUCGGAUCUUUUAAGGCUCUGGAGGACAAAUCAGGUCCACAAUCCACAUCCCUGUAUGAGCAGUGGUCCAGCAAGGAGCACAAGAGUCUUCAGCCAAUAUCUAAGCGUGGGCAGCUUCCUUCAGGACUGUCUGAGGCCCCCAUGACCUCGAAUUCCCAAUCUCCAGAAUCCAGGGGCUAAGAUGGGGGCUGCAGAAACACGAAGACCAACUGCUUUACAGCCGGUCACAUUUUCUAUUGGCAGUGACUGAUUCAUGGGGAAAGGGCUUUGAAGGGACUGUUUCUGUGCACACGAAAGGUACGAACCUCGCAGGCCUUUAGAAGAACUUGAAUCAUCCAUGCGAGCCCAAUUCUGAAGACUCACAUGUCCCUUCCAAGACCUUCAGGAAGAGCAUGUUGGGUUCCUCUGUGUUCACACCCACUUCGCUGCAGCUGGGACGAGGUCACGACCUCAGGCUCCCUGUGGGACCUGUCCAAGGGUAGAGGCAAGCACCUUCACCAUUACACAGAUUGAGGAGACACUGGACUUUUUACCCAUUUUCUUGAAUCUUCAAUAUUAAUGUUGUGUUUACAUUGAUGAGAACAAGAGUCGUGCCCUACUCUCUACUGGGCUGUUUGUUCUGAGUUGCAAUGUGGCCGAGAAUGCUGCAUUCCAUAAAGGAGUACGGACUGUUUCUUCCCAUUCCCCUCCCACUCUUGUAAGAAGCUGCCGAGACACACUUCAGUGUAGAAAGCAAAAUCGAUAAACGACAACUUUACAUUUU